CCAACAGUGCGCUACCGGUUUCGUAUUCUUCCCGCUUUCCUGCUAACCUAAUUACAAUAAAUCGCCUUCCAACUAACCGAAGGUAGGCUGCGAAAAUAAGCGAUCGAGUUGCACCACCGGAGACUGUCCGCAACGUUCUGUGCGUCUACACAACAGAGGCAAAACAUUGCCGAAGCUUUAAGAAGCAGUUGUUGCAGGUUCGGGGUGGUCAUGGCCUUGUUGGCAUCGCUCUUCGGCCUCUUCGUUUGUUUGUCGCCGUGCGAUGCUUGUGUCUAUCGCUACUAGCAGCAUUCGCGCGCUCCACUGCUCGAUUGAGCGUUUCCUGCCGGCCCCGGGAUUGUUGACACGUGUCAUCGGCGGCUGCAAGGCGUGGGGUCCUCUGAAAGCUAUGUCUGGUCCCAAACCGAACGUGGUCUUCGUUCUGGGACCUCCCGGUUCGGGCAAAGGAACUCAAUGCCAGAAACUAGUCGAGAGAUUCGGCUACAAGCAUCUGUCCGCCGGAGACCUUCUGCGGGAGGAGAAAGGCACCCCUGGCUCCCAGUUCGGAGAGGUCAUUGACCACCACAUUCGCAAUGGCACCAUUGUGCCCGUGGAGAUAACGUGCCGCCUUCUGGAUCGGGCAAUGCAGUCGAGUGGGAAGAGUCACUUCCUAAUCGACGGCUUCCCACGCAACAAGGACAACCUGGACGGCUGGAACCGCGAGAUGUCGGACCGCGUCAACCUGCAGUUCGUCCUCUUUCUCGAAUGCCCCGAGGAGGUCUGUGUGCAGCGAUGCCUCAACAGAGGCAAGGCGGGCAGUGGCCGCACAGACGACAACAUCGAGAGCCUCCGCAAGAGGUUUAAGACUUACACGAAUGACACACUUCCAAUUGUGGAGUACUACGACAAGCAGGACCUGGUCCGGCGGGCCGACACCAGCUGCAACGAUCCCGAUGAGGUAUUCAAGGGUGUUGCAAAGCAUUUCGAACCUUAUGAAUCCACGAAGUGAAGACAAGCAGCUUCAGGCUGGGCGUGUUCCCGUGUUUACAUAGUUGAGAUUACAACCUAUAUAUGAAAGGAUUAUGCAUUCUUUUAGCCUCUUUGGACAAAUUUUGUGACACUCUCGCUUCAAGCUAGACUGUGUUAAGAGCUCUGCCGCGAUUAACGGCAUAGCGUGGCAUUUACAGUGUUUUUCUGCCUUCCUAAAUCGCUUGCUUCUUUCUACGUGCGCUUUGCUCUUUUGUACGCUGCAUCGCACAAUGGACCAAUUGACGUUCAAGGCGCACUUUUGAAAGACACGAUCUGCUGCAUUGUCAAGGGCAUUUUUUUUAGACUUGUACAAAACUGAGGGUCGUUUUUAGACAGGACUAGUUGACCAAUGCUCACCGUAAACGUCUUAUUGCUGGCCCAGUCAUACUAGAAGCACCAGAAAAUACCAGCUUGUUCUUACAGGGGCGCUGGCAUGAAUUUUAGAACGUGGGUUUACUGUGCCAUACAAAUCUCCUGUAUACAGAGAUGGCUCUGCGCUAGUGUGAAGCUCAGUAAAUGCUGAUAAGAUCAUUUAUUUUGACAUUAAAGUCUAUUUUCGCAUGGCGCACCUGCUGACAUCGGCACUAGCAUGACGUCAGGCUACAGUGUCAAUACUGGUGACUUCAUUACCAGUAUGGCUAGUUGUUACACUAGUUGCGAAGACAUCGGGCACCAAAACAUUCAAAAUGGCCGCUUGUCACCAAAUAUAUUCAAAAUGGCCACUUGUGCGUCACUAACAGAGCUAGGGUAGCAGCUGUGGAAACAUCACACUAUCUUGCGGAAACAUCACACUAUCUUGCGCGAGCAUGUGACGAGAAGCGCGCACCGUGUUGUGACAUCAGGGUACAGUAGGAACCGAAACUAGCUUUUAAAAACAUACUGUAAUUACUUUUUCAGGGUGCACUCAUGUGUACCAUUACAUUUUCCAGGCUCUGGAGGGCUUGGCCUUUCAUUUGACGCACAAAAAGAACUGAGAAUUUUUGUGCCAGUACCCCUAUAAAGGGGCCCUGCAACACUUAUCCAAGUAAUCAUCUAAUGGCUUCAUUAAAAGAGCUUAUUGCCUCUCGAAUGAACCACCACAAAUAUUUUUAGAAUCCGUCAAGUACGAGUGGAGUUGCAGGGAUUUGCCGCAUGUUUUAAGCGCUUUCUCUCUCCUUUCGUACCAGCGGGCACGCUGAAAACUAUGCAGCGAGGGGAAUGACAAGGGGGCAAGAAGAUCCGUCCCUUUGUCAGCGCACGUCAUGGCGUUGAGCACUUGUCAUUUUUUCUUCAAACGCGCAGCUUACUUAGUGUGAUCGCGAGUGGGCACGUGGCGGCAUCCCGUGGUGGCCAUGGUAACUAUGCAGCACACGAUGCUCAAACAGCCCAUGGCCGUGGACUUUGGGUAUAUGGUGCAGUAAUUUGGGUAUAUGGCACCAUUUACUGAGAAAGAGGGCACAAUCUCUAGCUGACUGAGAAUUAAUUCUAAAUUCCAGGCCGCAUGCUGCGCUAUAAUGUUUGGCUCGCAUGUUCUCAGGAGCCUUGACUACCGAUCGGCAGAGUUUUCUGACCAUGCUGGAAAAUGUUGCUUGGCUCCUUUAAGAGGGUGGUGGAUUAGGCUGAUUGGUAAGCUGCGAUUCUUGGUGCUAAGCAAAAGGCAGCGUCACAUAGACAGUCACUGAUCUUUGUUUUUCUCCUGUUGCCUUUUGCUUAGCACUGUAGUUCUUGCUAUAGUAAUCAUUACAUUUCCUUGUCGUGCACUUAAGAUUUGUCUAUGCUUCAGUGCGAUUGAGGCCUAUGUGUUUGCGGGUGGCAAUGGUCAGUAAUUCAUUACCCAGUGAGGCGGGCCCCAUAGUGCACAAAAGUGCAUGUGGGUGCUUGAGAAAAGGUGUCAGAAUGCUACUACUAAGUCAUUUGCUGUUCUUCUUAUUGAGAUGAACGAUGUGAGACUAGGUGUACACACUCUGCUGUUAUGCUGCACUGUUUGUUUAGGAAAGGGUAUUCUAAGGUUUCUCUUAUUUUAUAAGGCGCAGCUUUUGCUAGUUCUUUGUAUCCUGGAAAGUGUUGCCACAUCAUACCCUCCAGAACAUGGUGUGAGCUUGGCAUAUUGCAGUUGAGUCCCUGUGUUUGUCAAUGCCGAGAGAUUCAGCUUUGUCAACAGGCUUUCAAUCUAACCAGAUACAGCUAAUUCUGCACUGUAAAAAAUUGAGAAAAAAACAUUGUAGUGUGGCUACCCUACCACUAUAUCCUCGGCACUGAAAUUAGCGUACUGUAUUUUCUCACAACUCGCUUGGAGCAUGAAACAAAGAAAUUAGUUUGACAUUGAAUUUGGGUGCACGUCCAGGUGCACUUGUGACACACAAAUGCUGCCUUCAAGUGCCAGCCUCACGGCUGCCUGGCUUUCAUUAGUGAAUGACACGUACCACUAAAAGAAUCUGAUUGACAUGGGGCUACACCUAAAGGCAUCGCUACAAAGCCCGACUUGUCACCAAAGCCAUAAUUCAGAUGGUGAUUACGUCAUAUAUUAUAUAACCAUAUUGUUUCGAAAACAUUUUGUGCUGGCCACAUUAUCGGGCAACUAGGCCAAAAAGCACUGCUCUUGAAGUUCAUUGACGUGAAUGUGCAUUUAAAGACACAAUUAGCAUCUACCGCGCUUGGCAUUCAAGUAGAGCUCUACUGGUUGGUGAAAAGCUGCUAUUCACGUACUGACUGCAUAAUGCACAUAGGCAUAAUGCUUUGGGAAAUCUUUUUUGUGCUGGCAAGGUGCCAGUCUACUUUUAUAGAAAGAGAUGAACACAGACACAUGCCAUUCUCUCAUUUUUUUUUUCUUUCGUCCAGAGUUGCAAUCUAGCAAUACCUGGCCCAUGUUUGAUGCUAUUGCAGCUUUUCUUUUAUGGCUUAUAGCCCAAAGCGGGAAGUACGGCACUGCUGUACAGGCUCUCCUGGAGCUAUAUUUUGGGAAUUACACACUCGUGGUAGGAAGUAUGAGGCACUGAUUCUGUAACCAGUAUUACCCGGUUUACAUUGCGAUUUGUCUGUGCUGUAGGUUGUAGCAUUGUGUAUUGCUUGUACAAUAAAUGUAUUGUGUGUA